CUAUGUGAAGAAUGCUGGACGACCUAGUGAUGGACUACAGGAAACUGUACAAAUGCUUCUCUGAGAGUCAGAUUGACAGCAUGUAUCAUAAGAUACAGAAACUCUCGGAGAAUAGCAAAAAGAACUCUUGUGAGGAGUUAUCACGUGACAAAGUAGCUCUCCCCACUACUAUAGACGCAGUGCGCGCACGCCGCAUUGAGCGCGCUCUCAAGAGUAAGAUGAAACUGCUACACCAGAGCGGACCUAACUGCUUUAUUGUACAGACGGAAUCAGGACGAAAGUACCGAGUGAUGAUUGGACUCCAGUCUUGCAACUGUAACAGAGGUUACUUCUGUUCUCAUCUCCUGUUUGUCAUGCUGCGAGUCCUCAACGUCUCCUCCAGGGAUAACAUGCUCUGGAGCCGGAAUCUCAAAAACUUCGAGGUGGAACAACUGAUUAAAUCGUACGAGGAGAAGUCAUCCGAUCCCAGAAAACAGCUCAGAGGACCUCAUGGGCACAGUGAACAGAAGGCAGGGCUGGAGAGUCAGGAGAGAGCGGAAGGAGGAGCCGGGACGAGCGAGGGGUCGGCUGAUGAGGACGCGUGUCCUAUCUGUCUACAAAACAUGGAGUCAGGGGAGAAACUGGUUAUUUGUAGGGGAGGGUGCAGCAAUAAGUUGCAUCAUGAGUGUAUGAAAACAUGGGCACAGGAGCAAGAGAAGAGAAAGGAGAGGCUAAUGUGUCCACUGUGCCGCUUCCUCUGGCACGACAUAGACUCUUUCGAGUUCACUGGACACGGGGCCCCACUUGUAAAUGUGAACAAUGAGGUGGUUCAGGGUCCGUAUCAGGACCCCUGGUUGCAACCGUUAGUGAGUCUACCCAACCCAGAGUUGGUGAAAGAGAAAAGACCCAUCCCUCCCCAACACAGAUCCCUCACACGCUCCUGGGUUCAGAUGUUCGGGAGUGACGUAGUUAAAGGACUGUUCUCCAAAGAGUGGACGAUAAGAGAAACCUCCCUGCGCUGGCUGGGCCAGCUGGUAAUCUCCCUGUUCCAGGAGCGCCGCUCAGCAGUGGACCUCAACGGCCAGAGUGUCAAGAUCACCACUCUGCAGGAGUGUAUGGCCUCCCUGCUUUGUUACAUGAUCAUGGAUCCUGUCCAUAAGGUUUACAUGAUAGCCCUGGCUGUUACCCAAGCCGUAACGAUAUUCUCAGCUCCUGAAAUCAAGAGUUACCUCUCUUUUAUAUUCCAGCCUGUAUUUGAGGCUAUAUUUAUCAGAUGUACCGACCCCACCAGACGAACGUACCUGAACUCGUCUGAUUUCCUGGUGUACCUGUGCCGGUACGAUGAGAACGGGUCCAGAUUCGGAGGAGUAGACUACCUCUUCUCCUUCUCCCUCAACACUCACAAUAGUCCCGAGGAGUGGAGGUGGUGGCUCGGCAGACUCAGGGUGCUACUCCGGCUCCUGACAGAGCGACCCCUCUACUUCACUCUACCUGAGAAAAGAGACCCCCAAGUUAAGGAUAAGGCUCCAAGACUCUCCAACUACGGUGAUAUUCAUCUCGACAGUACAAGUAUGCACAAGCGAUUGUUCAAGAUUAUUGACUUUGCGAUACAAGGAAUGGCUAUCUCUCACUUUAGCGUGAGGAAAACGGGUUCAAGAGUCCUCAGGGAAUCAAUAAGGAGAGCCAGUAAAGAUCCUGACGCCCUGAUGGAGAUUAAGACCCUGUUAACCUCCCUCGGCAGAAACAGUAACCCAAUGUUAACGAUAUACGCAUCAGUACUCAGAGAGGAGGCUCUCAAGAAACAUAAAUCUUCCCCCGAGGAACAGCAACAGUUUACACAGAUGAUGAUCCCUCGACCGCAACAAGCAGUCGAAACGGACGGAAGAUCUCGCGACACCAGUUACUUUGACAAUACAUCACGUGAUAGCGGUUACCAUGACAUCACGUCACGUGACAACCCGAUCAGUUACCGUAACGACAACGUCAACAUGCCAGCACAACGCCGAAAGUACUUUGACAGCAAGCCUCCCAGUAUCGAGAUCAGUUCUGAUAAUGAAACUCCCUUCGAACAUUCUGACAGCUUUAGUUCACAGGGCUCAAGCCACUUCUCUCGUUCCUCCUCAAUCUACUCUUCGCCCUACACCCCUUCCUACGCCUCAUCCUACUCAUCUUCCUACAUGAACGAGCAGUCCCCCUCCACCUCCCGCUACAGUACCCCCAGUAACACCCCUAAAACACUGAUAAUAGAGUCGGAGGUGUUCAAGUUUGACAACCUACCAUCUACUUCAAGUUCCCCUGUUCCAAUGUAUAUUGGGUCAUACGAAGUAGCUCACAACUCAUUGAACCCUACAAACAGAGACCACUUUCAAAGCAGAGAGGUGAGAGAGUUUGGUGGAGAGUGUAGCUCAGGGAAGAGUUCUCGGAGGACGAGUUUCGGACCAGAGGCGCUGUUACGGCGCGACAGCGACGCUCCUGCCGGCAGAGGGAAGAGGAAAGGGAGGAUGCCCCGCCCACAGUCCUUACCCACAAUGGAGGCACUGUUCCAGGAUAUCCCUCCUAACUCACUCCACGCAGCACACCCCAUGAACAACUCCCCCAGCCCCAGUGAAGCAGGAACGAGCAGCGCCAGCAGCAGCAACUCAGGAAAGAAAUGCUUGCGGGCGGACGAAGACUACGAGUUAGCCAUAGCUCGAGCUAAACACCUUUCACUAGGUCAAGCUCCACUGCCAGAUAUCGAGGCGUUUCAGAACUGCAAUGAUAUGAUCCUUCACUCACCAAAUGGGACGAAUGGUUCGUAUGUAGAAGGAGUACACUGGAAGCGAGGGCAGCAGAUAGGAGUUGGAGGCUGCAGCACGUGCUAUAGCGCGUGGGAUAUUAGCCAGGGCCAACUCAUGUGUGUCAAACAGGUGUCGUUCAUUCGAAACACAGAAUCAGAACAAAAUGAAGUGAUAGAGAAUAUUCGAGAAGAAAUCAGCAACAUGAGACAGAUCAGUCAUAGGAAUAUAGUCCGGCUUAUCGGAGCUAUACAACUGGACGCCCACUUCAAUAUAUUUGUAGAGUGGAUGCCUGGUGGUUCCAUCUCCUCCCUGCUGGACACCUACGGUCCCUUCGAGGAGAAGGUUCUCCUGAACUACUCCCAACAGAUAAUACUGGCAGUGGACUACCUCCACACAAACCGGUACCUACACAGGGACCUGAAGGGAGCUAACAGUCUGGUGGAUAGCACUGGGAGGGUGUUAAAGGUCGGGGACUUUGGAACGGCAGCUAAACUCCACGCCAGCAUCACACCCGCAGGUCAGUUCAGAGGGGAGCUGCUGGGGACUGUAGCCUUCAUGGCACCAGAGGUACUGAGAGGGGAGGACUAUGGGAGACAUUGUGAUGUGUGGAGUGUGGGGUGCUGUAUGCUGGAGAUGGCGGAGGGGAAGCCUCCUUGGAACGCGCGAGCUCUUACCAAUCAUCUGGCUCUGAUUUACAAGAUAGCGUCAGCUUCUGUCUCUCCUCCCGUACCUGAACACCUUUCUGCAGCUACUAAAGACCUCAUUAAACGGUGUUUGCACAGUGAUCCUAAGGGAAGAGCUUCUGCUUCAGAGUUGUUAACUCAUGCUGUGUUUACACGCCUGCCUCACCUUUCUCUCCCUGAAUGAUAAUUUAUUUAUGUAUUUAGUUUAUUGUCAUUAUUCGACUUCUCAAUUGAGUGAACCAGGCCAGAAUUCAAAGUCAGUGAUACAACAAUAACUAUGUAGAAUAAAGAUAUAAACUUUCAAAAGUAUUUAAACACGGGGAUUUAAUAUUUCUAUUUAUAAGAAGUUGUUUUUAUGUUUAGUUUUUAGCAGGAUUUCCUGUAUUUAAUUUCAAUAUUUGUUUUAGACUGACAUAAUUUUGUAUCUUUUAUUCCGAAACAUUUUUAUGGUGUCUUUGAAAUUAUGGCAGUAAUAUAUUUUAUACAUUGUUUAUAAAUUGUUUAUUACUUAAGUGACUCU